CAAGGGUCACCUAAUCCAACCCCCAGCAAUAGAUAAAGUGAUCCGGAGCUGAAGCUGCUCACUCCCCCCCCCCAUCCAUCAGUUUGCAAUCAAAAGCAGCCAGACUUUCCCUAAGACUUGCUCAGUGUUAGGUUUUGCUGAGUCUCUGAACAAAGAAAGCUUGGCAGAUACUAAAAAUGCACCUCAAUGUGCACAACUUGAUGCUCCAAAUUGGCACUUACUUUCUUUUGUCAAGAAAGCUCCUUAGGUUGAGGUAACUAUGCCUUUUCCUUUAAAACAUAGCAAAACUACAUAAGAAGAGCCUGCUGGAUUAGGCCAAUGGCCCAUCUAGUCCAGCAGUUUUCAUUUUGUGACGAGAGAUCUUCAUCUCUCACCACCACUAUCUGUCUCAGCUUAUUAGACUUGCCUGCCGCAAAGGUUAGUUCAGGCACCGGGAACUGCCCUACACUAUCUGCCGUGAAGAGAGCUGCAAAUAAUUCACUCAGCUUCUCUGCAGCUCCUAUGACUUCUGCGGUGUAUCCCCCCACUGUCAACUCUCAUCUUGUCCCCGCUUCGUCUCUAGCACACUGCCAACUAAACAUUCACCAUGUCACUCUGACUACCAGAAAGUGACACUCCACCCAUCUCUACACUGGCUCCCUGUCUGCUCCAAAUCCAGGAUGCACCCCCCUGCAGAGCCUGGAAUGGUCUUCUCUCUUUGCUGCUCUCAUAUACCUAAAGGCCUCUCUGCCUGUGACCUUCUUUCCACAGCCUUCAGCCAUCCCAAGAUCUCCUCCCUCCAGCAGCUCCUCUUGCAUGCCUGGAGCUGCCUCCCAGGAUGCCUGCCUGCAAAACCCCCUCCCUGGCUUUCUGCAAUGAAGCCCAAGGCCAUGCAGCCAAAAUGGAGGCACAUCCAGCUUGCUUGCUUGCUUGCUUCCUCUCCUCUUCCUCUGUGGUCAUAUUUAAGACUGGAAGCUCAUCAAGGGAAGGUGCUGCCCUCCUGUAAAAGCAUCAGGCACACAGAUGGCACCACACAGAAAUAAUGAGGAAGGGGGAUGGUCUUCCAUGCGGGUCUUCUUCUUUUGCUGAGUUUGUUUAGCACUUCAUGGCUCAAAAUUGGCAGCAUCUGUUCCGGGAGGUGCUGCAGGGCUGGGAUCUAGCAACAGCCUGAGGCAGUGAAGCUGUUGUGGGGGACAGGGGAUAGCAGCCUGUGCAUAAUCACUCUCAUAGAGAAAGACCCAGCUGACUUUCCCCAGGAAGGCAGGUGUAAUGUCUUCUAUUCUGACUCCCUCCAGUGGAUGUUACAGGACUUGGGGCAGCUCAAGUUCUGUCCUUGCAGACUGUGACCAGAUCCAGAUGCUCUGCACUGGGGUGAGCCAGCUGGCUCCAACUAUACUGGCCAGGUGGAGAAAUGGCUUGAUGGCCCAAAGCAUCUCCUUCUGCCUUUUCUCCUUGAGUGAGCCACUUUUCAAGGGCCCACUGGCAACCACCUUCCUGACUAUUGUGGGCACAGCUGAUGCCCUGAUCAGAUUCCUAGCCAGUGACUGCACAGCCUCAUCACCUGGAUGAGAAGACCAGAACAGAGGAAUGUGCAAAGGGCCCUGCUUCAAUCGACCUAUUGCUCCUGAUGAACUGAGAUAAGUCCUGCCAAGACCCUGUUUGGAAUCCUUUCUACAGCUUUGUCUUGAGUUUAGGGGUUGCUUGCCUCCUUGUGCUCAGGGUGUGCGUGCUGAGAAAUAUGAGAAAUGCAUACACAUGUUCCUUCCCUGUUGCCCACUCUGCAGGGUCCUACAGGAUUAGAUCCCCUUGGCUCGAGAUGGCAAGUCCCAACAAGCACCGGAUUCUCCCAGCCCAGGGCAUCUUUCUCCUCUGGGUUGCUCUGCACUUCAGCACUUGGACCUCUUGUAUACUGGCAGGUGAGAGGGCUGGCUGGCUAUGUACUGGGAAGGGGAAGGUUCCAUGUAGGGAGGCCCCUGGGGCACAGGCUGAGGAAGAGACAGACCAUUGGAACUUCCUGCCACUUUCCUCUAUGCACCUCCUGAAACAUAAGCAUGGCUUCAGUUGCAGUCAAGGCUUCUGCUCCACUCAGGAAACCAUUAGCAGGAGCAGAGACUUCCUUGGCUCGCACACCAAGGGAUUUACUAACGUCUUGCUUCCUCUUUCAGAGCCCGGGCCCAUUUCAGGAGCACCCCUCGUCCCCAGCAGCUCAGUGAACAGCACAGGCAUGAUGAACCUCACAUGCCAGAGCUUCCAGUGUUCCGGGGAGCGAUGCUACCAUGACGAAGCUCAUGGGAACAACACAGAGACCUGCCACAACACAACACACUGCGAGCUCUUCCGCCUCAACACUACCAGCUACACAGCCCGGUGCAGCAGUGAGUGUGGGGGAAUCAACGGCACCGACAUGUGCAUGCAGAAUGGCACCAUCAGAAUGAACUUGUGUUCAAUGGAGUGCUGUAGCUCCCCAAACUGCCUGUUCCUCAACGCUACAGCCUACGGUGACCUGCCGCCCACCACAACGCCAGCGCCCACCACUACCACCACCAAAGCACCCCCCAAAAAUGGGAAAGUGUGCUCAAGCUUCACCUGCCAUGGAGAAGGAUGCUACAAGGGACAGAAGCAUGCGGCCGGCUGCAUCGUGGGCUUUGAUUUUUGCGAGAUGAAGAAAACCGGCCCCCACUUUGUGGCUGGAUGCAGCAAAGUCUGCAAAACGGCUGGCCCGCCAUGCUCCAUGGGGUCCAAGGUGCCCUGCUACCAGGAGUGCUGCCCGGCGAUGCCCAAGACCAGCUGCCUGAAACUGGAUGGCAAAGUGCACUUCAAUGGGGCCAAGCAGGUGGCAGCCCUCACCCCCCUGCUCCAGCUGCUGGUGUGUGCAGCCGUCCUCAGCCUGAACUAUGCUCUCCUGUUCUAGGCUGGGCACAACUGAAGCUGAGCUGGCCUGUUCGGGUCCUUAGGUGGUGGCAAAAAAGCAACUCUCCCUUCUCUGUCUCUCUCUCUCUAUGCCUUGGGGAAUCCACUUGCUUUGGGCCUUUCUCACGAGGCAUCCAACAAAUGCCUUCCCCCCUUUCCUCCUUUUUCUUCCAGGGCCAAGUGAUUUAUGAACCUUUGGGCUGUGUGAGCUUGCGAUAAAGGGUGAUAUAUAAAUCAAAUAAAUAAUAAUUUAGCUCAGACCUACAUAAUCAAGAGUCACUUUCCUUCCCUCUGCCCUGGUCUGAAAGAUGGCAGGAGAUCUGAGCUGGAGCCAGCAGGUCACAAGCCUGAUCCUGGGGGCAAGUGACAGAAGCAACAGGAAUUCUCUUUUGGAUUAAAAAGGGGAGGGUGUCCUAUCUAUCCAGGAGCAGCUAUUUAACAGUUUUGAGACCGUUUCAGAUUUGCAGAAAGCUGAAGGUUGCCUUCUGUUAUUUGACAGAGUCCCAAGGGCUGUACAGAAAGCCUCUUCUUCUUUAAACUAGCGUGACCCUGCUCUCUCCUGGCUUCCUGCUAGCUGGCUCUGUGAACCCCCUUCUGGCUCUGCAGGGGUGAUGGGCCAAGGGAGAAGGGGGGGAGUUUGCUUAUCCCCCCUAAAGGUCCUUGCUGCCAUGGCUGAUCUUAGCUGCUGCCUUAAAUGAGGGACCCACUUUCUCGCUGGGCUGCCUGUCGUUCUCCACCCACCGCCCCACUCCUAGUAUCAGAAAUGUUUCUCUUGCCUAAAAAUUGCAAAUAAAUCUAUUUAACUAGA